CCCAGACUGCCCCUCACCUCCCAGCCCAGCCGAGCACACGCUGCGGAAAAACCCUCGACUCGAGCAGCCUCCAGAUGCUUCCGGAAGUUUCCAGAGGAGGAGGGCGCGGGCUCCAGAUGGCGGCGCCUCCCCGCGGCGAGCGCUGCGCCGUGUGCCGCGGCGCCGACAUCUCCAUCCCCCACCAGGCCAACUGCUCCCACUGGUUCUGCGGACAUUGCAUCGUCGGCGUCUGGCUACAUGGCUCCGUCCUUCGGCCAUCUGAUUGUCCUCUUUGCCGUCGACCCAUAACUCUGCUUGUACCUUCUGAAGUUGCUUCCCUGCUGCGUGAUGAACCAGAAAUCGCUCCUGUCGUGGAACGGAUCGAGCAGUACAAUGGGCGUUUUGCUGGUGCUCCUCACAGUGCGAUUCAGUGGUUGCUGGACCAGCCCUUUUACAUCAGGAGGAUGCUGACAGAAUUCAGAGACACACGCCGUGAACCUCCCCUGUUCUUCAAAAUCCAAGUCGUGUUGGCAGUAGCCCUUUCCCUGCUGUACCUGGUGAGCCCUAUCGACCUUCUUCCUGAAGCCGUCUUGGGGUAUCGUGGUCUGCUGGAUGACAUCGUGGUGUUCAUCAUCGCCUACGCCUACAUCUCGGCUGCCUACCGUGCCGUCCUCGUUGCUCGACACGCUGCGUGAACUGGUUGGAAUGCAUGAUGCCAGCAGUUACUGACUGGGAACUGAACAUAGUGAAACUGCACAUCUGAAAUCGAUCGGCUUAAUUGUUGGAUAUAUAUACUAAAUAUUGGGCGACUGGUUCUUGUAGAUACUACGUUCUACUGUCCGACUCGUGUUACAGUGCUGGGUUAGGGAGAUCCACCUGCCAUGUUAGGUCAGGAUAUUAUGUGGGUACCUUAUUUGCAGUAUCUAUGCAUUCUUCCUGAAUGACUGUAGCCUCAAGCGGUGCUGCCGAGUUCCAUCUCAGCUCAGCUGCGUUUGCAUUGCAUGCAGGCGUAAACGUGUGCAAUGAAAUAUUUCACGUUUUUGUUGUGCCUUGUUUUGCACCAUUUUA